AUGUUGGCUGCAGGGAACAGCAGCCUCCAAUCACUCUCUUUCUUCCUGACCGGAUUCCGGGGUCAAGAAGCUUUUCAUGGUUUGAUCUCUAUCCCCUUCUGCACUAUCUACUUAACAGUAAUUGUGGGAAAUAUCACCAUCCUCCAUGUUAUCCGAACAGAUACAACACUCCAUGAACCCAUGUAUUACUUUCUGGCAAUGCUGGCCCUCACAGACCUAGGACUGUGCUUGUCCACAUUGCCCACAGUGCUGGGUAUCUUUUGGUUUGAUAUUCGGGAGAUUGGCGUUCCUGCCUGCUUCAUCCAGCUCUUCUUUAUCCAUACACUGUCCCUGGUGGAAUCUUCGGUUCUGCUUUCCAUGUCCAUUGAUCGCUAUGUGGCCAUCUGUAACCCACUCCGAUAUGGGACCAUCCUGACAAAUGGCCGGAUAGUGAAGAUGGGGCUGUGUUCACUCCUGCGCAGUGCAUUGCUCAUCAUUCCUCUACCUUUACUCCUGAAACGCUACCACUACUGCCGCUCUCAUGUACUAGCCCAUGCCUAUUGCCUUCACCUGGAGAUCAUGAAGCUGGCCUGCUCCAGCAUCAUAGUGAACCACAUCUAUGGCCUCGUUGUGGUGGCUUGUACGGUGGGUGUGGACUCAGUGCUCAUCUUUCUCUCCUACGCCCUCAUUCUGCGCACAGUGCUGAGCAUUGCCUCCCGUGAGGAGCGCCUCCGAGCCCUCAAUACUUGUGUCUCUCACAUCUGCGCAGUGCUUCUCUUCUAUAUUCCUAUGAUUGGUUUAUCCCUUGUGCACCGCUUUGGUGAGCAUCUGCCCCGCGUGGUCCAUUUGCUCAUGUCCUAUGUUUACCUUUUAGUGCCUCCUCUCAUGAACCCCAUUGUUUACAGCGUCAAGACCAAGCAGAUCCGGCAAAGAAUUGUCAAAAAGUUUUCCUUUUUACAAGGGCUGAGCAACAAUCGCCAGGGCUAG